GUUUGAAAGAGAAUAAUGAUUUCGCCCCGUCAAGAGCAAUCAAGCAGUUUUACAAAUUCAAGGUUGAUGAUGGACGAUAGGGGAAGCAAACCAAGUAGUAAAGCAGUAUUAAAGCUUGUCACUAACGGCUUUCUUUGAGAAAAACGGGUUCACCGCCGUGUUAUCAGCAGUAUUGGAACACCUCCGAAUGCAUUUUCCCGUGAUUUAGCGACGAUAUUGAUCUAAAAUAAAAUCCUUUUUUAAGUUAAUGAAAUGUCUCAGAAAAAAAUGUUCCUGAAAGUCUUCACAAAAAUUGAUUGCAACAUGGAAUUAAAAAAAACAUGUAAGCGCACGGAAUUAUUUUAUGAGGUAUUGUGUUCACUAUGACUAUAGGUGUCUUGAUGUCAAAAGGGGCAGCACGCUAUUCUAAUCAGACCAACCGGCGCUAUUUUAUUGAUUAGAGUAAGGAUACACAAGACUGGUCAGCAGUGUUUGUUGCUCACCUUAUGUUUUUGACAUGAUGAGCGAAGAAACUGGAGGCCAAAAGAUCAUGGUGGAAAAAUGGAACGAUGCGUUUUACGAAUCAACAAUAUUUCUGCGCAUCAGAUUCCUUUCUUCUAGUGCUACCUUGAUUAUAUUUCUCACUGGUUUCCUUAUCCCUUCUUGGAAAUAUCUGGAGUUUAACCUGGACUUUAACAACUUAGCUGCGAGUAACCCAUCCAUAUUUGACGAGUCUCAAAUAAUUUCUGAUGGUAUGGAUCCCGAUGGUAACAUGUCCAUGAUGUUGUAUGAAGACUGGGCGCAGGAAUUCAAUUUCUCAUAUUUAGAAACGCAAGAUUUUGCAGACCAUGUUCUUCACACUGCCAAUCUGUCGGACAGUUUAAACGACAGCUCCUUGUUGUACCCUGCUUAUGAUGCCUCUGAUUUAUUCACAGCCUAUGUUGUAGUGGGAUUGUGGGAGACCAAAGUGUGCACCAAAUUCCUCACCGAUGAAAACUGCAUACCGCCGUUUAAAACUCAAGGGUACACUUGGAUCCGCCGCUCCCGAGGCUUCUGUAUCCUGGCCCUAGGAAUGUCCCUCCUUACAGUGAUCCUGAUCCUUAUGUGCCUACUCCUGUCCAUCGCGGCAGACAUGUUACUCACCCAUGUGAUGACUCUCCUGACCAGUGUCAUCUCAGUCAGUAGCAUCGUGGUCGGUGUUCUCAUAUUUACCACCAACCACAUGAAGUUGGAUGAGGACACAAUGGUGUCAAACAACAUGGGUAUGUUUCAGAUGUCAAUCUCCAAGGUAUCGUGGGCUUGCUGGCUCAGUGCCAGCGCAACUCCCUCUGCGGUCUUGACUGUCCUUUUUCUGGCUUUGAAUAUCGUCUUCUUUUGAAUCCGUCAGCUGUCAGAAUCAGAAUGCUUAAGAUUACACAUACAUGUAUCGUCUGAUUUGACAGUGUUAUUGUGAUACAGCAUUGUUUCAGUUUGAAAAGGAUUAAACCAUGAUUGGUCAUUUCUAAGUAUUUAUACAUUUUACACGAAUUUUCUCAUUCUUACAAAAUUAACACUCAUUCUCAUAGUGAACACACCAAAUGUGAUGAGAACCUGUUUUGACAAAGCUCUAUUGUAGAAAUAUGCAUAUUUUCACAAAAAAAGGGGAGAUUUAUAUCUCACACUAACCGAGUUUAUUUUAAAGCAAUAUGAGCUGCAUUUUUCAUGUUUAAUUUUUUUCUUACUAAAAUGUUCUUUUCUACUAAAAUGACAAAAAUAUCAUGGUUUUUAAAUUUCUGUUAGCCAUAUUUUCAUGGAAAAGGCCGAUAAAAGCCUUAUUUGGAGCAAAAUUGAAUUAUUGUCGUCCUGUACAAAAAUUGAUUUGCUACAUGUAUAUAUUCCUUAGAAGAGUAAUAUUUCUUUUGACAAAAAUUCAUGAUUUUUUCAAAUCUUAUUUAUCAUAAAAGUUUAAAUUAUAUGCAGACUUAUACUAGCAGGUUUUUGCAGCGAAAUAAAAUUAUAAAAAAUACAGCUCAUAUUGCUUUAAUUAAUUCAAUUCCUGCUUGAAAAACAGAUAUUUCACCUCUCCCAUUUGCCUUAAUAUAUUACUUUGUAAUAUUUAAAAAAAAAAAACCCACCCAAUAUCUGCUGGUCACAAUGUACUGUUCUAAAGUUUAAUUGAUUGCAUUCAAUUACUGAACGUACAUGUAGUGGAAAGAUCUCAUUAACGUUGUUUGUAAAGUGCUCAUGAAAAUCGCUUUAAUGCCUGGCGAUACCCCACCAUUUCCGCUUAGUUUCCCGUUAUCGAACAACAGCAACAUUCCAAAUAUUUAAAAUUAAGUUUGUAUAUUGAAGCAUGCAUUUGAAACCGCCUUUAAAAGGCAUCGUGGUUGACAACCAGUAUAUCUGUAUAUUUACAUUGGAGAUAUUUCAGUCUCAUUCUUUGUUAAUAUAUAUCAUAGAAUGACCACAAUCAUCUAGCUAGCCGCCCUAAAAAUGCUGUUUCCUAAUUGCCAAUACCUAAAGCUAUACAAAUCAAAUAUAUCGUGCUUUAUUUAUACCAAUUUUUGUGCCUUUAUCGUCACAAACCAAGACUAAUAUGUACAGUCCUCUU